AUGUUAACUUUUAAAAUAUUGAGAAAAAUAUGUAAUGAAAAUUUGAUUUUUGAAAGAAAUUUUUUCACAGAAGUAUUAAGAGGGAGAGAUAAAAUAAUAAAAUAUGAAAGAAGUAAUCCUUUUUUAUAUUAUAAAAGAAAUAUAAAUAUAUCAAGAAAAUAUUUGAGUCAAGAUCCUUACACAGUAUUAGGUUUAUCAAGAAAUGCAACAACAAAUGAAAUUAAAAAGCAAUUUCGUAUAUUGGCUAAGAAAUAUCACCCCGAUAUAAAUCCAUCCCCGGAUGCAAAACAAAAAAUGGCUAGUAUAACAGCAGCAUAUGAGUUGUUAUCAGACCCCAAAAAAAAGGAAUUUUAUGAUAAAACAGGAAUGACAGAUGAUAUGAAUUUUGAAAAUCAUUCCUCAAAUUUUGAAAGUGGAUUCUCAGGUUUUGGAGAUGCAUCAUUUAUGUUUACUGAUUUUGCAGAAAUGUUUACAAAUAUGUCAGGUACAAAACAUACAUCAGUAAGAGGAGAAGAUAUUCAAACAGAAAUUACUUUAAAAUUUAUGGAAGCUAUAAAAGGUUGUGAAAAAAAUGUUCGAUUAAAUGUUAAGGUAUCAUGUAAUCAUUGUAAUGGGUCAGGUAAAAAGCCGGGUACCAAUUUAACUAUAUGCAAAGUGUGCAAUGGAUCAGGUAUACAAAGAAUGGAGAGAGGGCCAAUAAUUAUUGGAGUACCUUGUAGGAAUUGUUCAGGUAAUGGUCAGAUUAUUAAUAAUCCAUGUAAAUUUUGUUCCGGUAGUGGAGUUAAAUUUCAGACAAAAAAUAUAACAUUAGAUAUUCCAGCUGGAAUUAAAAAAGGAAUGCAAAUGAGAAUUCCUAAUCAAGGUCAUUGUGGCUAUAGAGGAGGGAAAUGUGGGCAUUUAUUUGUUACUAUAAAUAUAGAACCUCAUAAAAUUUUUAAAUGGAUAGAUGAUAAUAUUUAUGUUGAUGUACCUUUAACUAUUAAACAAUGCUUAUUAGGUGGUAUUGUUAAUGUUCCAACCCUUAAUGGUAAUAUGGAUUUAUUAAUUAGACCCAAAACGUAUCCUAAUUCAGAAAAAGUUUUAAAAGGUAAAGGGCCAUGCAAAGUAGAUUCACACACUAAUGGUGAUUUAAUCAUAAAAUUUAGCCUAAAAAUGCCAGAAAAAUUAACUCCUAGACAAAUUGAAUUAAUAGAAGAAUUCAACAGAAUUGAAUUAAAUUUACCAAAUAAUCAAAAUAUAAAUAAAAAAAAAAAUGAGGAAAAAAUAAAUAACAAUGAGGAGAAAUAUGAAAAUGAUAAAAAUAAUAGUGGCAAAUUAAACAGUGAACAAUUGAAUAAUAAUAAAUUAAAUAAUAACGAAAACGAAAAAAUUUUAAAUGAAAAGGUCAUUAAUAAAAACAGUCAAAGUAAUAAAGAAGUCAAUAACAAAGGAAAAAAUAAUGAAAAAAUUAAUAUAAAUACAAAUAAUAAUAAAAAUAAUCUUAAUAAUAAUAAUGAAAAAAGUAAUGAUGAUUCUAUAUCCAAUGAAAAAAAAGAAGAAAAAAUUAUUCCUGAGCCCCCUUUACCAAACAAAAAAAAAAAUAUAAACAAUUUAGAAAAUAAAAUUUCUUCUAAUAUACCCAUCCCCCCUUUGCCUCCCAAAUCUUCUUCCAAUUCAUUAAAAGAAAAUAAAAAAGAGAAUGACAUUAAAAAUGAAGAGAAUAAAUUACAUAAUAAUAUGAAUGCAAAUUCAUAUGAUACUUGUACGAAUAAUAAUAUACAAAAUAAUAAUAUGAAUAAUUUUACUACAAACAAAUUAAAUAAAAACGUUUAUAAUUUCCAUAAAAAAGUAAAAGACUCAUCUAAUUUUUCUGAUCAUAUAAAUAAUAAUUAUAAAUCAGAUAAAUCUUAUGAAAAGGAAAAAAAUCAAAAAUACAAUUCUUCAACCUUUUCAUAUGCUAAAAAAUGGCUUACUGAUAAAUUCAAACCAAAAAAUUAA